GUGAUGUUUGCAAUAUUUUCGUCAGUUAUGAGCACCGAUAGGAGACAGUAAAACGAUAAAUACAUAUUUACUAAUCAUCAAGGGUUCUCUGUAAUACUCAACUCGUUCCCAAAGAAAUAUUUUCCUAAAAUUAAAGGACUACACGGGUGUGUGGUCUAUGCAUACACGAAAAGUACCAGUGAGUUCAGGAGCAGACUGGGUUUGAUAAGCGGUACAGUUGACGCCGGCCUGUCAACAUUAAAAACGUGUGACCUGCUCUACCAUGAACAUAGGGGGAUAUCCGGUUCCUGUUUCAAUCAGGUUAUGUUCGUCUGCUGUAGCUCCUAAAGUUGAACUUGAGCUGAAAAAUGGAGUGACGAAAAUGAUCCACGCAGGAGCUUUGUCAAAGCUGUUCUCGUAUUCAAACCUUGUACAUGCUGUUUCAGGUGCCGUGGGAAGUGUGGUCGCCAUUACUGUCUUCUUCCCCUUGGACACAGCUCGGACCCGACUUCAAAUUGAUGAUCAGCGAGAGUCCAAGCACACGCCUCAAGUGAUAGGUGAUAUCAUUAAAGAAGAGGGAAUCCAUGGCAUAUACCGGGGAUGGUUCUCAGUCGUGUCGUCCCUAUGCCUGUCCAACUUUGUGUAUUUCUACACAUAUAAUGGCCUAAAGAGUGUUUUCAUUGGACCAGGAGAGAAAGCUGCACCAAGCAAGGAUCUGUUCCUCGGAUUUGUCUCGGGAAUUGUCAAUGUCUUAAUGACGACUCCUCUCUGGGUUGUCAACACACGUAUAAAGCUGCAGGGGGCUAAACUCCACACCAAGAAGUAUGAGGAGCACACGACACAGCAUUACAAGGGUAUCUGGGACUGCCUGACAAAGAUCGUGAAGGCUGAGGGUGUGUUGGGUCUGUGGAAUGGCACCAUGCCCUCCCUGCUCCUGGCUUCCAACCCAGCUAUACAGUUCAUGGUGUAUGAGUUCAUCAAACGAUACUUCCAGAAGCUUUUCAGAACUCCAGAGUUGAGUGGUUUCCUCUACUUUGUGAUUGGUGCAAUAGCAAAGGCAGCAGCCACAGUCUUAACUUACCCUCUGCAAGUCAUCCAGUCACGCCUCAGGGCCGGAUUUUCCAAACUGGAAUCCACACAGUCUAUUCUACAGAAUCUUCAUCAUCUCGUCAGGACACAGGGCAUACAAGCGUUGUACAAGGGGAUGGAGACGAAGCUGAUACAGACCGUGCUCACUGCAGCUCUCAUGUUUCUCACUUAUGAGAAAAUAGCAGCGUUUAUAUUCCGCUUGAUGGGCGUGGCUCCAACAAUGCCAAAGAGAUGAUGACACUGGUUCUUAGUCAACAACAGUUGUUUCGUUGUUAUGUCUGGCAUUUUACUCCUCUCGUUAUAUAGUUUUAAUUAUACGUUUCUUCCAUUUUACUAAUCUGUAUAUUUUAGACAAGUUGACAUUUAGUAAGCAUUUAGAUAAUAUUUAUGAACUUGGUCAAGUGUUUUAAGAAGAAGGUUCACGUUUGCCUAUUUCCACUUCUACCUCCAAAGGAAUGACUCUUGAGUUGUUCCUUACAUCUUGGGGCCAGGUGCCUGGUUACUGAUAUAUUGGCAGUGAAAGCCUGACAAAUUUUAUUCGUCGUUUUAUGGCAAAUUUCCUCAAAAACAUUUUCCAAGGUUUUAACAAAAAUAUGAACAAACAGAUGUUUACAAGCAUCAAUUUUCAGUCGAACACAUCAUUUUGUGUGUGUGUGUGCAAAAUUUAUGAAGGCAUUUCUGAAAAACAAGAAAAUAAUUUGGUCUGAUCUGUUUCUCAAUCUUACUGUUGAAGGAACUGAGGCUUUGAGAUAAUGAUACAAUUACAUACCAAAAGUUAUUCUUUAGUUGUUAGUGUUUGGCAUUUCGUAGUGGUUUGCUAGUGAGUCUCCUUGCAACAUUGUCUUCCUGAUGAGAAUAUAACCUUACUCGUUCACUCGUACACUUCCCACAGUACAGUUGCACAAAUCUACCAGCUUCUCGGUAAACAUUUUACUGUAUAUUUUAUCUCACAAAGUUUUAAACAUUUUUCUUUUCAAACCUAAUUAUUGGUAUUGAUGUGAGUGAUCCCAGUGGGGAACACCUUAUUCUGGAGUGGUCAGUUUCAGCAGUUUUUUUGUGGAGCACUGACUCUCUAGGCUGCACCAAAGAUCCUUCAUUUCUAGAGGUCAGUUUAAUGUACUUGGCCCUGGAACAGAACCCACGGCCUAAGACAAUUUAGCAUUAUGACUGCUCCCAUAAUGUGGCAUGGACAGGUGUUGUAGUGCUAAGAUCACCAGUCAGUAGGGAGAUGAUUCACUGUUCCCUGAGAACUAGUUACAUAUGUGAUUAUCAUAUCUACCUGUGAUAUAUGAACUGUGUCUGUGGAGGGAGAGGAAGGCUGUGCCUUACAAUAGUAUCAUGGUAUGGGGUCGGUGGGGUAGUCUAGUGGUUAAAGCGUUGGCACAUCAUGCUGAAGACCCUGGUUUGAUUCCCUACAUGGUACAUAGUGUGAAGACCAUUUCUGGUGUCCCCUGCCGUGAUGUUGCAGGAAUAUUGCUAAAAGCGGGGCAAAACCCAACUCACUCACUCACUUGCUAUUAUGGUAUUGACAUGCUCUGAUCAUGCAUAUAUGUAUGCACUUCACGUGUAACUGAUCGUUACUGAACCAAACAUGCAUGCAUAAGCCUCUGGGACUGUUAAUCAUUCUGUGGUACAGGUGUCGUCUACAGUGACAUCUGUAUCAUGAGAUGCACUGUAAUUAUUCUUGAUCAUUCUCUUUACAGUACAGGGUAGUUAUUUCACAUUCUCUCACUAAACAUACAUUUAUGUAGGACAGUACUCAGUAACAAUUUCCCAUACUGAUCCAUACCUGCUUUCAUGUACUACAGUAUCAGGAUCUAACGCUGUUAAGAGGCGGUGGGGUAGCCUAAUGGUUUAAACGUUGGCUCGUCACGCCGAAGGCCCGGGUUCGAAUCCCCACAUUGGUACAAUGUGUGAAGCCCAUUUCUGGUGUCCCCCGCCGUGUUGUUGCUGGAAUAUUGCUAAAAGCGGCGUAAAACCAAACUCAGUCAGUCAGUCUAAUGCUGUAAUCCACUCACGCACCAGUGUACUACAUGUGUGAUGCAUGUGAGGUAUCCAUGCCCAUAUAUAGACAUACAGUCAGAGCACGUGGUUUGUGAUACAAGGAUAGAUAGCUACCCUAUGGGUUGUAGUGUAUGGGGAAAAGUCAUUGAUUGUGAUUUUUUUCCAAGAGAAAUUGCUCAAAUUUGAAGUGUUGAACAUAUCAUUACUACAUGUAAACAGCCUUGUGUUAUUAUUGUCCCAUUGUUUACACUGUCUGCGCUACUGUUUCUUGCCAUUGUAUGUACACAACAUGUUAUUGGUCUGAGGAGGAUAAGCAAGCCUUGUGUGGUGCAUGUAGGCUGUAAGAGGUUUGGAAACUCAAAACUCUCCAAAUCCCUUGAAUGUUUUGCUGGCAGUAUUGCCAUGAAAUGUGAAAUGAAAUGCUUUUUUUUACAAACAUUAACAUGAUACAUCAAUAUUUCCAUAUUUGGACACAGAUAAAUUCCAAGGUGAAAACAUGAGAUUAUUUUCGGUACAGAAUAAAGUU